CAAAAACAUAGCAAGUGCAUAUGCCAAGUUGGAAAAAUUGACAAUGCUGGCUAAAAAGAAGAGUCUUUUUGAUGAUCGACCGCAAUAGAUUCAAGAAUUGACUUACAUCAUGGUGUAUGCGUUACAAUCUAAAUUAGCCAGCAUGGGCACCGACUUCAAACAGAUACUAGAAGUGCGUAUAAAAAAUCUCAAACAACAAAAAGCGCGUCGGGAUCAAUUCGGGCAGUCACCAAUUGCUGCUAGCACUGUUCGCUCGAGUACAGCGAAACAGGGCUCCUUGCUGUUAAGCGAAGAGAAUACGGCCGUAAGCAUUGACAUGGCCGCAAGUGAUACAACACCAUUGCUGGGUGCAGUCGGAGGUAGUGGAAUACAGACGCAGCAGCAGAUUGCAUUAUAUGAUGACUCCGAUAGUUACGUGCAACAGCGGGCUGAGACUAUGCAGAACAUUGAAUCGACUAUUGUCGAGUUAGGCGGUAUAUUUCAACAAUCAGCACAUAUGGUUAAGGAGCAAGAGGAGACUGUGGAGCGUAUCGAUACAAACAUACAAGAUGCCGAAUUGAACAUAGAAGCGGCGCAUGGUGAAAUAUUGAAGUACUUCCAAACUGAUGAUAAAAAUCUUCGCAGUACUGAUAUUCUUUUUCAUAUUCUUCGUAGUUUUCCUUAUAUAAUAACGAAUAUGUUUGUGACACGGCAAGAUUUUAACAAGUCAGAUGCGCGGUCUUAA